AUGUGGAGGAAAAUAGCUACAGACUUCAAUUAUGUUUCUGAGAAACAUUUCAUCUCUCACAGAGCUCAGGUGAAUCAUUGUGCCUUCUCUCAUGAUGGAUACUUCCUAAUAACAGGAGCUGACGACUGUAACAUCUGCACCUGGGAUAUUUGGUCUGGAAAACGUCUAACUAAAGCAAAAGGCCACAAAGUGCUCUUUGUGCUCCACACAGGCCCAGUGAAGGUUUGUGUGUUCUCCGGUGACGCCAAGCUCUUUGCCAGCGGGUCGACAGAUUACACUGUGAGGGUGUGGAACACUGACAAGGCCACUUGCCUGCACGUGCUCAAAGGUAGGCAACCUCAAUGCGCCAUCGAAAGCAUACUAUUGUGUGACAUCACAGCUUGGUUUGGGAACAGCUUUGCCCAAGAACUCAACAAAAUUGCCGUGUUGAGUUUAGUGAGUGUAGCCCAGCCCAUCACACAAAGGCACAGCAGGUCUGUGGAGACUGUGGGCUUCAGCCACAAUUCGAAGUUGCUGGCAUCUGCAGGCUGGGAUCGCGUCAUUAUCCUGUGGGAUCCAAAGCUGGGUCAACUCAUGAGGAAAUUCUUAGGUCACGAGAACGUCAUUGGAACCUGUGCCUUUUCAUACAAUGAUGAAUAUUUGGCCACUGGAUCCUGGGAUUUUAAGGUGAUCAUCUGGGGCCUAGACAGCACGUGGCGGACUAUUCUGCAUGGUCACAAGGGCAACGUGAGCUGUGUGGCCUUUUCUAGCAUCGGGAUGCUGGCUUCAGGUUCCUGGGAUAAGACUGUCCGCGUGUGGGAUUCAAGGAAUGGGACCCUGAUCUUUCUCCUGGACAAGCACAGUGGCCACAUCCAGGCCCUCUCAUUCUCAAUUGAUGCAAUUCUACUUAUGACGGCAGCAGAAGAUGGAACAGGGGUGUUGGAAAAUGUCAGCAACUGCCAAUUUUCUUCUUUUGAGACGCUUCUGGUUGCAGGAACCACUGAAGAGACUCAAUAA